AUGUGGGCCGGCGGUGCUGGGAGCCCUCGGCGGGGCCAAGCCCCGAUGCCCACCGAUGACCUCUUUGCCCGUAAGCUGCGCCAGCCAUCCCGGCCCCCGCUGACCCCCCACACCUUUGAGCCACGGCCAACCCGGGGUCCGCUCCUGCGCAGCGGCAGCGAUGCGGGCGAGGCCCGGUCCCCCACACCAGCCAGCCCUCGGGCUCGGGCCCAUAGCCACGAGGAGGCUAGCCGUCCUGCCGCGACCCCCACCCGGCUCUUCACGGACCCACUGGCGCUGCUGGGGCUGCCGGCCGAGGAACCAGAGCCCUCCUUCCCGCCCGUGCCAGAGCCCCGCUGGUUUGCCCACUACGAUGUGCAGAGCCUGCUCUUUGACUGGGCACCAAGGCCCCGGAGCCUGGGGGGCCACACGGAGGCCGUCCCUGGUACCCUGGCCUCCACCGAGGACCGGGCCUCCAGCUCCGACCUGCUGCUUGGGGCGCCUGGCUUUGUGAGCGAGCUUGGAGGUGAGGGCGAGCUAGGCCUGGGAGGACCUGUGUCCCCACCUGUACCGCCCGCACUGCCCAAUGCUGCGGUAUCAGUCCUGGAGGAGCCACAGAACCGAGCCUCGGCGUACAGCCUGGAGCACGCAGACCUGGGCGCAGGCUACUACCGCAAGUACUUCUAUGGCAAAGAACACCAGAACUUCUUCGGCCUGGACGAUGUGCUGGGUCCAGUGGCGGUGAGCCUGCGGCGGGAGGAGAAGGAGGGCAGCGGAGGGGGCACCCUGCACAGCUACCGCGUCAUCGUGCGGACCACGCAGCUCCGGACGCUCCGCGGCACCAUCUCGGAGGAUGCACUGCCACCGGGACCUCCGCGGGGACUGUCCCCAAAGAAACUUCUGGAACACGUGGCACCCCGGCUGAGUCCGACCUGCCUGCGCCUGGGCUCAGCCUCCCCCAAGGUGCCUCGCACGCUGCUCACGCUGGAUGAGCAAGUGCUGAGCUUCCAGCGCAAGGUGGGCGUCCUGUACUGCCAGGCGGGCCAGGGCUCCGAGGAGGAGAUGUACAACAACCAGGAAGCGGGGCCAGCCUUCACACAGUUCCUCACCCUGCUGGGCGACGUGGUGCGGCUCAAAGGCUUUGAGAAUUACCGGGCCCAGCUGGACACCAAAACGGAUUCCACGGGUACACACUCCCUCUAUACCACGUACCAGGACCACGAGAUCAUGUUCCACGUGUCCACCAUGCUGCCUUACACCCCCAAUAACCAGCAGCAGCUCCUGCGGAAGCGCCACAUUGGCAACGACAUUGUGACCAUAGUGUUUCAGGAGCCAGGCAGCAAGCCCUUCUGCCCCACCACCAUUCGCUCGCACUUCCAGCACGUGUUCCUGGUGGUACGGGCGCAUAUGCCCUGCACCCCACACACUUCCUACAGGGUGGCUGUGAGCCGCACACAGGACACCCCCGCCUUCGGACCAGCUCUGCCCCCUGGCGGAGGACCUUUCCCCGCCAAUGCCGACUUCCGGGCCUUCCUGCUAGCCAAGGCACUCAAUGGCGAGCAGGCGGCGGGCCACGCACGCCAGUUCCAUGCCAUGGCCACGCGCACGCGCCAGCAGUACCUGCAGGACCUGGCCACCAACGAGGUGACCACGACAUCGCUGGACUCCGCCUCACGCUUCGGUCUGCCUUCGCUGGGCGGGAGGCGGCGGGCGCCCCCUCGGGGUCCGGGCGCCGAGCUGCAAGCGGCGGGCUGGACUUUCUCCGAGCAGCAGCUCGACCUGUACUACGGCCACGGGGAGGCCAUCACCCUGCGACUGGACGGACCCACAGGCCAGGCCGUGGGCGAGAUUGUAGCGCGCCUGCAGCUGGUGAGCCGCGGCUGCGAGACCCGCGAGCUGGCGCUACCCCGAGACGGCCAAGGCCGCCUGGGCUUCGACGCCGACGCCGAGGGCUUCGUCACACACGUGGAGCGCUUCACGUUCGCGGAGACGGCGGGACUGCGGCCUGGGGCGCGCCUGCUGCGCGUGUGCGGCCAGACGCUUCCUCGCCUCGGCCCUGGCGCGGCCGCCCAGCUGCUGCGCGCAGCGCCCAAGGUCUGCGUCACCGUGCUGCCCCCAGACGACAGCGGCCGGCCGCGCAGGAGCUUUUCGGAGCUGUACACCCUGUCUCUGCAAGAGCCCAGCCGGCGGGGCGCCCCAGAGCCAGUGUCAGAUGAGGCCCCAGGGCUGGCCCUGCUGCCAGCCACAGAGCAACUCCUGCAUCUAUGCCUGCCCCCCAGGGGCCCCCCAGGGCCUGGGGACCUGGCUGAGGAGAGGACCGAGUUCCUGCACAGCCAGAACUCACCCUCGCCUUGCAGCUCCCUGUCGGAUGAGGCGCCCAUCCUCCCCAACACCACGCCAGACCUCCUUCUAGCCACCACGGCCAAGCCUUCAGCACCCAGUGCUGGCAGGGAGACACCUCCCACCCAGGAUGGACCAGGUGGUCGUGGUGGCUGUGAGGACAGGGACAGCCCGGCCCCAGAGCUGAGGACCUCCAUCCUGCCACGAACCUUGUCUCUGCGGAAUUCCAUCAGCAAGAUCAUGUCAGAGGCAGGCAGCGAGACCCUGGAGGACGAGUGGCAGUCCAUCUCGGAGAUCGCCUCCACGUGUAACACCAUCCUGGAGUCACUGUCUCGGGAGGGACAGCCCAUCCCCCAGGGUGGAGACCCCAAGGGACCCCCCAGAUCUGAUGCUGAGCCAGAGCCAGGGAGCCUGUCAGAGAAGGUCUCUCAUCUGGAGUCCAUGCUCAGAAAGCUGCAGGAGGACCUGCAGAAGGAGAAGGCAGACAAGGCAGCCCUGGAGGAGGAGGUGCGGAGCCUACGACACAACAACCGACGGCUGCAGGCCGAGUCGGAGAACGCGGCCACCCGCCUGCUCAUGGCCUCCAAGCAGCUGGGCUCACCCACCACCGACCUGGCCUGA